CGCAGCGUCAGGCACUGGAGAGGGAGAGCCUCUGCGCGGAGCCGGUCCACUUGGCUGUGAGCGGAGGAGAGAGGCGGAGGGAGGAGGGGUCUGCCUUUUUCACCUGAAGAUUACUUUGUCUCACACUUCAGUCGCCCAGAGAGCUGCAGAGAGAGAGAGGCGAGCCGAUCAGGAGAGCUGUGAGCUCCGGUUCUCUUUUCCCUGCGCCAAGCGCAACCGGACUUCCCUGACAGAAACCAGCGCGAUCAGAAUCCAGCGGAGAGGCUGCAGAGCUUUGAGGGCAAAAAGUGAGAGAACUGCGGCAAACCGGCAGCGGCUGCAGCCGGAGGAGAACUUCUGGUCUCCUACUUCAGAGGGCGACUUCAAAGGACGUCUGCAGCAGGGAUCAGGGCACAACGACACUCGCCUGCUCGGCAUCUGCUUGAGUUUCACAAUGGGGCUCCGGGUGCAUCUUCCAGCCGCUGCGGGCACCUUUUUGCUUCCUCUGACCCUUUGCGCUUUGACCCUACUGCCUCAAGGCCUCCUGGGUAAUCCAGCAGAGCAGGAGAAUGCCAGAAGCCCGGCGCUGCUGCAGAGGGUGAAGCGAGGAUGGGUGUGGAAUCAAUUCUUUGUCUUGGAGGAGUACACCGGACUGGAGCCACUUUACAUAGGAAAGCUCCACUCGGACAUGGACAAAGGUGAUGGCUCCAUCAAGUACAUCUUGUCGGGCGAGGGUGCAGGCACCACCUUCACCAUCGAUGACAGCACCGGAGACAUCCACGCCAUCCAGAGGCUGGACAGGGAGGUGAAGUCGCAGUACCUUCUCCGCGCCCAGGCACGAAACCGCCUGACGGACAGACCUCUGGAGCCGGAGUCCGAGUUCAUCGUCAAGAUCCAGGACAUCAACGACAACGAGCCAAAGUUCCUGGACGGUCCGUACCAGGCGACCGUUCCAGAAAUGUCCAGAAUAGGAACGUCCGUCAUCCAGCUCACUGCGACGGAUGCUGACGACCCUACGUAUGGAAACAGCGCUCGUGUGGUCUACAGUAUCCUGGAGGGGCAGCCGUACUUCUCUGUGGAUGCAAAGACCGGCUUGGUCCGGGUGUCCUUAGCAGACAUGGACCGGGAGACCAGGGAGAACUACACCAUAGUCAUCCAGGCCAAAGACAUGGGUGGACAGCUGGGGGGGCUGGCCGGCACCACCACGGUCAACAUCACGCUGAGCGACGUCAACGACAACCCGCCCGUGUUUGACCAGCGGCUGUAUCAGAUGAGCGUGCCGGAGUCAGCGCCCGUGGGCUCCGUGGUGGGACGCAUCUGGGCCAAGGACAGGGACGUGGGGGUCAACGCUGAGAUGAAAUACAGCAUCAUCGACGGAGACGGGAGGGACACCUUCGACAUCAGCACCGACUCCACCAACCUCUUCGGCAUCAUCACCGUGAAAAGGCCGUUAAACUUUGAGAACAAGCCGAGCUACACCCUGAAGGUGGAGGGAGCCAACACCCACCUGGACCCGACCUUCCGUCACCGAGGACCCUUUAAGGACGUCACCAUCGUGCACGUCAGCGUGGAGGACGUGGACGAGCCGCCGCUGUUCGACUCGCCGUCCUACUACAUCGAGGUUCCAGAAGACGCCGACAUCGGGACGGUGGUGAAGGUGGUGUCGGCCCGAGACCCGGACGCUGCCAACAACACAGUGAGGUACUCCAUCGAAAGGAGCAGCGACCCCGAGAAAUUCUUUUACAUCGAGAUCACUUCCGGGGCGCUGAUGACGGUGCGUUCGCUGGACCGAGAGGAGGUGGGCUGGCACAACAUCACGGUCCUGGCCAUGGAGAUGAAUAACCCCACGCAGAUCGCUAGCGUGUCGGUGGCUGUCAGGGUCCUGGACGUCAACGACAAUCCUCCGUCGCUGAAGCAUUACCUGGAGACGUUCGUGUGUGAAAACGCCAAAGCAGGACAGCUGAUCCAGACGGUGACGGCGGUGGAUCCAGACGAACCUCAGGGGGGGCAGCGCUUCUACUACAGCUUGGCUCCAGAGGCCGCCAACAACCCCAACUUCACGCUGAGAGACAACCAAGACAACACGGCGUGGAUCCUGACGCGGCGCGGCGGCUGGUCUCAGCAGGACCGCACCCUCUUCCACCUUCCCAUCUUCGUGUCGGACGGCGAGGCGCCGACGCAGACCAGCACCAGCACUCUGACCAUCCGGGUGUGCAGCUGCGACCAGGAGGGCAACGUCAUGUCCUGCAACGCCGAGGCCUACAGCCUGCCUGCCAGCCUCAGCAAAGGAGCGCUCAUCGCUAUCCUGGCCUGCAUCUUCGUCCUCCUGGUGAUGAUUCUCCUCAUGCUCUCCCUGCGGACCCACCGGAAGAAGCCCUACCUCUGCGACGAGGAGGAGAACGUGCACGAGAACAUCGUGCGCUACGACGACGAGGGCGGCGGCGAGGAGGACACGGAGGCCUUCGACAUCGCCGCCCUGUGGAACCCCCGGGAGGUGCACCACCCUCUGGGCAAGAUCAGGCAGGACAUGAUGCCGGAGAUCGAGAGCCUGUCGCGCUACGUGCCGCAGCCGUGCGUGGGCGGCGUGGGCGUGGCCGGCGGCGGCGGCGGCGACAGCAACGUCCACAGCUACGUGCUGGCCAAGCUGCUGGAGGCCGACCUGGACCCCUGCGCCCCGCCGUACGACUCGCUGCAGACCUACGCCUACGAGGGGGAGGGCUCGGUGGCCGAGUCGCUCAGCUCGCUGCAGUCGGGGACGUCCAACGCCGACCACGAGUACGACUACCUGAACGACUGGGGGCCGCGCUUCAGGAAGCUGGCGGAGAUGUACGGCGUGCUGGAGACGAACAACCCUCCCAUGUGGUAGGAGGCGGCGGCGGAGGAGAGAAGGCCCAAACACGACGGACGGAGCUGGGAUCGUGCUCAGGUUCAGCAUCCGGAGGCCGGAGCGGCCGCCUGCAGCAGCAGUCUGGGCUGCUUUUAAAUCUUCUUCAGACAGGCUGGAUUAUUGAGCCUCAUGGGACCUCGUGGAGGAACGGCUUCAAAGCACACCUUAACACCCCCCCCCCCACCACACCUCCACCUCCACAGCCAGAGGCAGAGCCCCUUCGGUUCAAAGCGUUCGGGCUUGAGAUGAAAACUCCCCCCGCUCCACCAGAGAGACGUUUGUUUUGUUGCUCUGAGAGAAAGUCGGUCUUUUGAUGUUUUUUGCGGUCCUGAAUUACGUCUUUGUUUCACGCUUUGUAUUUAUGUUUUUUAAUUUAUUUGGGUUCUUUCGACAAGCGCCGUACGCAGUGAGAGGGGAAAACCUGAAAAAGAUCCUGUAUGUUGUAACGUACGAGACGCAGAGGAGGCCUCGCCCAUGUGGGUCUUCUAUGUGUCCAUCGUGACAUCCGUUGUCCUUCCUCGGCUCUUUGGAUCACGGUUCCCUGAUUUGUUUUCCUGAAAAGACGAGGCUAACCACCAGGAGGCGUGAUUUCCAGCAGAAAUCUGGAGCGAGCACACGACCGCGUCGCCUUUUUCCAUCCCCGAUCCCACCGCCGUGCCAAACGGAGUCCGACGGGCGGAGAGGCUCCGUCUGUCGCUUUUCUUUUUUUUUUUUCUGGUGUCACCUUUUCAAACCGUUGGGACCGCAGGGGACAACGGUGAACCUGCAACAAGUGCCAAAUGUAAACAGAACAAAAAAAAAAAAGAGGAUUUUUAAGAGGAAAAAAAACAAAAAAUAAAAGGGACACAGAAACACCAAAAUACAACAAAAAGAAGGAUUUUAAAACCCGAAAAACGAUGUAAAGAAAUUUUUGAUAAUUGAAUUAGGCGGAUUUACUUGAAUUCAAUGUGGUCAGUCAUACUGCACUAAGUGGUAUGUGAAUGUAGAUACUUUUUGUAUUCUUGUUAAUAAAGCUUUUUAAAAAAAA